AUGUCCAAGCCAUUGUCACUUCAGGAAGCCAUUCCAAAGGCUAUCGGAACCUUGUCAUUUGAUGAGAACAAUCAGUUGAUUGAAUCUACCGGUAUUGGUAAGGACAGGAUCAAUGAUAUCGUUGAAAUUGGUCAGAUGGAACUAGACAAGAACGGAUACGGUGUUGUUUCUGACAAAGACGUUUUGGUGAACGUCUUUAAGCAAGCCGGUAAGACUGUUGUCGUUUACACUCCAAAUAAAUAA